AUGGGUUUUACAACAGCAUGGAAGAGGCUGUCGCCUACUCAACUCAACGUUGCCAUUCAGACAUUUGCUUUAAUUUCAAUCUUCUUCGAGGGCUACGAUCAGGGUGUCAUGGGCGGUGUCAAUGCCUCGCCUAACUAUGUCACAGAGGUUAAGAUCGGUAUGCCUGACGGCACUGUGACGAACACUACUAAGCAGGGAGGCAUCGUCAGUAUCGUAAGUCGAACCCUACAUCUCCUGAUUGACAAGAGCCGUGAGCUGAUCCAAUUCUGUAGNUACUAUCUUGGUGCCAUCGUUGGUUGUUUCGUCGGUGGAUGGGCAGCCGAUCGUAUCGGAAGAAUCAAUGGCCUCUUCUUUGCUGCCGUCUUCGCUCUCAUUGGAGGUGCUCUGCAAGCUGCCACCCAGAGUGCUGAUUUCAUCCUCGUUGCUCGUGUGGUCACAGGUCUCGGUACAGGAGAAGUCUCCAGCGCAGAACACCGUGGUGGCUUCCUAGGUUACGUCUUCAUCGCAAACUAUCUCGGCAUCUCCGUCGCCUACUGGCUCGACUUUGGUCUCUCCUUCGUCAACCACGGAUACUCUGCUCUGCGCUGGCGCUUCCUGCUCGCUUUCCAAUGUGUCCCCGCUCUACUCCUUCUCGCAGGCAUCAAGAUGCUGCCCGAUUCCNNCCCUCGCUACCUCGCUUCCGUAGGCAGAAUCGAAGAAGCACGCGAAGUCCUCUCUCAUGUCCGUGGAUCUACCAACCCUGAAGCCGUAGAGCAGGAAUUCAACGAGAUCGUCGCUAUGGCUGAAGAUACCAAACCUGCUUCUCCCAUCGAGUUCAUCAAGAUCAUGUUUGGGCUUGACAAGGACAAGGGUGCUCAUUUGGGUCGCAGAGCUUGGCUGUGCAUUUGGCUGCAGAUCAUGGCGAGUUGGACGGGCAUCACUGCUGUUACUGCUUACAGUCCAGUUCUGCUGCGACAGGCUGGUUACAGUCAGAUCAAGCAGAACGGACUUGCGGGUGGUCUGAACACCAUCGGUAUCAUCGGCACUAUCAUAUCUGCACAAGUCGUCGACAAAUUCGGAAGACGCAAGUGUCUGAUGUGGGGAGCUGCUGGCUUGUUCGCUGUGAACCUGAUCGCAGCUAGCAUCGCUCCUGCCGCAGUAACCAUGCUCUUCCUCUUCAACCUCAUCUACGCAUCCACCUGGGGCACCGUCGCCUUCCUGAUCCCCACAGAAAUCUUCCCAAGCAGAAUGCGAGCACAAGGAAACGGGUUCGGUAUCACUGGCUGGGCGAUCGGUGUAGGCUGGACUGUUCUCGUCAAUCCAAUCAUGUUUGAGAAUAUUCAGUCGCACAUAUUUCCUUUUGCUGGACUGAACUUUAUCUGGAUCGGCAUCGUCUACCUAGUGUACCCUGAGACCAGCAAUCGCUCUUUGGAAUCUAUUGAAGCCAUGUUCACCACUUCGCCUUUCUACUGGCAGAUGGAGAAGGCUUAUGCUGAGAACAAGGACAUGCUCGCCAAGGAAGAAAGGUUGUCAAAGGAAAAGGAACUUGACUGUUCACACGACGAGUUGACACAUGUUUGA